CACACACACACACACACACACACUGUGUGUGUGUACGUACGUAUAUUGCCCAUGGCUGAACCGAGCUAUAGCUAUGCACCAGUUUCUGUGAUAGGGUCUCAGUUCAUGGCCCCAUUUCAACUCGAUGUUAUAGUUGAUACAACUUUACGUGGAAACAUUGUAAUCACUGAUAUGAACCAUAAAAUCCUGCUCAAAGUGAAACCAUGCGACACAUCCUUUCGUCAUCAAAGAGUGCUUGUUGACGCUGAUGAUAAACCCAUCGCAAUGAUCCGUGAAAAGUUGAUGACUCUACACGGUCGAUGGAGUGUAUUCAGGGGUGAAAGUGAAAGUAAUUCGGAUAUAAUAUUUAGCGCAAAAAUACAUAACCUGAUCCAGUUUAAGACCGGUGUUGAUGUAUUCUUGGAAAACAAAACCAGUAGUGCCGAUGUUUGUGAUUUUAAGAUGAAAGGAAGCUGGUCGAACAGAAACUGCACUAUUUUUGUGGGAGAUACUUCUACACCAAUAGCCCAGAUGUCUAAAAUGCAAUCAUCGAAGAAUAUGAAGUGGGUUGAGGGCAAAUUCAUGGUGACCAUUUAUCCCAAGGUGGAUUAUGCGUUUGUGGUCACACUUAUAGCGAUUGUUGAGGCUAUGAAAAUGAUAAAAUCUGACAAAAAAAAACACCUUUUGAAGCAACUAGUUGGUGGUGAUUUGCUUCUCGUCGGCCACCACAACGACAACCAGGUAACCGUCGACCUCUACAGUGACCACCAUCUUCGCUACGACGUUGGUCCGACGAUUCCUUCUCUCCCUUCACCUUUCUCUCUCUUUCGAUCACAAGUUAUAUUCUUGCUGACCACCUCAGAGAAGACCAGUUUCACCGUCGACCUGUACUCCUUUGCUUUCGGCGACCUCUUGGUUCCUUCUACUGCUUCCGACGACCUCAUUCCCCUGAUAUUGCAGUUCUCUCUCCAACUCCCAUUUUCUUUAACAUGUUUGUCUUCGUGUUUGUGA